AUGAUGCGCCCCAAGCCGGCGUCUUCGCUGCAGAAGACCUAUGACGAUUGCUAUCUGAUGUGCUCCACCGCCGUUUAUUUCGAGGGACAGAACAACGAACAAGAAGCCUUGAAGUCUUGGCGAUCCGCUCUCGAGACGAUCUACUAUCACAACGCUUAUCGAGUUCCCUCCAAGUAUUCCCCCAAGAACGAGACCGAAAAGGCCCUCCAGGAAUCGAUCCGCCAGCUGGAACUCCAAUGUCGGGAGCGAGUUGACCUUCUCGAAGCCCUUCGCCAAAGCCGAAAAGAUUCUUCGGGGAAGUCGCCCCCGUCCACGACGCCCGGUUGGAUUGGAGAGGGAACCGUCCCCGCGGUCGGAUAUACCGAUCUCUCCAAACCGCCCACCAUCCCCGGUCGCCCUGCUCCUCUGCCUGCUGCGACCACCCCGAGCUCCGAAUCGAGUCGCAACGAUCUCCCCGGCCCUAGGCCUAACCCUCCGGCCAUGCGCAAGUCGUAUUCUUCCUCAGGGAAGACUGAUUCUUCCCGGACAUCGAGUCCCGAGCGACGGAAGAUGAUGCCGUCGACGCUGCGCUCGAACGAGGUUAAGAAGCCCGCCAAGAAAAAAUUGAGUCCCCGACGGAAGGACUUGCGGCCGGCUGCAGCGUCUCAAGCCGCGGGUCUGGCAUGGGGGAGCUUGUAUAUGCCCCCUCCGCCGGACAAGACCGCCAGCGAGGCGGCCGCGGCAUCUUCUCGUCGCAGCGCUGCGGGAGAAUCUGCUUCUCGGAAGGAUUUGGAUUCGCCUCGAUCAACGCCUGGGGAGGAAAGCCCUUCGAAGUCGAUCGGUCGCGCGAGCGAACUCGGAGAAGAGCGUCGCGCUGUACGAAAAACUCGCGCGCCGGAUCAGGCAGCAGCCCGGCGGUCGCCCGCGAAACUGUCCGCAACCUCAACACCCCGGCCAACGCACCGUUCCCCGGCCGAGAGCCAGCAGCGUUCUACUGCUCGUACCCAAUCCGCCGCACGCCCGGUGGAUUCGAGGAGCCCGUCCUUCCCGUCGCAAUCAUCGCCAAAGCCUUCGGUCAAGCCGAAGCCGGUGGCAUUGAGGUCGAAUUUCCCUCCGCUGAGCCCUGGGAGGUCCCCCGGUGCAACGGAACCCGUAGAGCAGUCACCGCCCAAGUCUACAUCUCGACCGCGAGGGGCUCCUACGUCACGGAAUGAGGCACUAAGCCAAAGCGUGGAUCGCAUGGCGAUAUCCACAGGCAGCCCCAGUCGGCGCCCGCUACCUGCCAAACGCGCUAUCACGCCGCCUUCCAGCGACCCAGAUUCUACGGAUCCGAAAUCGACCGACAUGGAUGAGGAAGACGCUGAAGAAGAGGAUGAAGAUGACGCUUUUACGGAUAUUCUGAACAAGCUACCGAAAGGUGUGGAGAUGAUGACCGCUAAACAGAUUCUUAACGACAUCGUAGUUCGCGGCGACGAAGUCCACUGGGACGACAUUGCCGGCUUAGAUGGAGCCAAAAAGGCCCUCAAGGAGGCCGUCGUCUACCCGUUUCUCCGACCGGAUUUAUUUUCCGGACUACGAGAACCGGCGCGAGGGAUGCUCCUUUUCGGUCCUCCAGGCACUGGCAAGACAAUGCUCGCCCGCGCAGUGGCGACAGAGUCCCAUUCGACCUUCUUCUCCGUGUCGGCGUCAACGUUGACCUCCAAAUGGCACGGAGAGAGCGAGAAGCUUGUGCGCGCCUUAUUUGGAUUGGCCAAGGCGCUGGCGCCAUCAAUCAUCUUCGUCGAUGAGAUCGAUUCACUGUUGUCUGCUCGCUCGUCGGGCACCGAGAACGAGGCCUCGCGCCGAUCCAAGACCGAAUUUCUGAUCCAGUGGUCCGAUCUGCAGCGCGCGGCGGCCGGUCGUGAACAGCCCGGCAAAGAUAAAAAGUCCAGCGGCGACGCCAGCCGAGUGCUCGUACUCGCUGCCACCAACAUGCCGUGGGACAUAGACGAGGCAGCGCGUCGCCGUUUUGUCCGCCGUCAAUACAUUCCUCUGCCGGAGCACGACGUGCGAGAACAGCAACUCCGUACCUUAUUGGGCCAUCAGGUGCACGACCUGACAGACUCCGAUAUCGAAGCCUUAGUUCAAUCUACAGAAGGUUUCUCCGGCUCAGAUAUCACUGCCCUCGCCAAAGACGCCGCCAUGGGACCGCUCCGCAACCUUGGCGAAGCCCUCCUCCACACGCCCAUGGAUCAAAUCCGACCCAUCCGGUCUCAGGAUUUCCAAGCUAGUCUGUCUUCCAUUCGUCCCAGCGUCAGCCGCGAGGGUCUCAAAGAAUAUGAAGACUGGGCUAGACAGUUUGGUGAACGGGGAGGGUAG